UCCACGCCUACCCAAAGACGCUGGGGGGUGGGGGGAGGGCAGGGAUGGCCCCAUCCCUCAUCCAUAAUUCAGUCACUGAGUCUGUGGGCAUUUGAACUGGCCGACUCCAGACCUCCGUUUGAUGGUGCGGUAAUGACUGUUGGGCAGAACAGAGUGGAGAUCGUCGUCACAUCCGGCCGCUCGUGGGGUGCUAACGUGGCUCCUCCGUCCGCUGAGAGAAAGUUAGAUCCCGCACGUAAGCAGAUCCUCCACAUGAGCACUUCCUGGCUUUUCAGGACGGAAACUUUUUUUCCCCUAAAAUUACUAUUAUUAUUAAAACAUGGGUUGGGGAGUAGAGAAACUCAAGGCCAGAGAGGGCGGUCUUUUUUCCCCUUGAAAUAGCCCGCAAGAUGGGUUGUCAUCCUCGGGCCAGCAGGUUUUCAUAAACAUACAUUUUGUUCCACAGCAGCAAAAGAAAAAGAAAUGUUGCAAAGGAAAUCAAGAAAGUCAAAAUUUCCCCGAACCAGUGGCACUGCCCUACCCCAACUGCACCCGCCAGUGGCCCGCAGGGCCUGGCUCGCCCUAAGUGAAACCUUCUCGGCUCCUGCUGGGUCCCAAGUGCACCCGCAAGGCUCGGGUAGGCUCCGGAUCUCGCCGAGCCAUUUCGGCCGCCAAGUGUGGGGAUGAAAGUGGCCUCGGGCUCGGUGCCGACAAAUCAGGCCUGCAGGGAGGGGAGGGGAGGGGAGAGAAGGGGAGCGGCCAGCUCACUGGCCUACGGGCACCUCCACCCGCACCCCCGCCGGCCCUCCUCUUCCCCGCCCCGCCUGCACCGCCGCGGCCCGGAGCGCCGCAGUCCGGCCGAGCGAAGAGAGCUUGGAGUAGGGGGCCGUGAGCGCCCCCGCCAGAGUGGCCUGGCUGCAGGUGGCAAGGAAGCCGCCGCAACGCCUCUGCGAGGAAGGACGUGCCAGCCGAAGCAGCCUCUGGCAGAGAGACGCGACGCGCGUGGGAUUGCGGAGCACCGGAGGGAGGCUGACGGUGCGGGCGUCGCGGGAUCCUUGAAGACGGCCGCUGCACCUCCCGCCAUCCCGGAGCGCACGCGGCCGCCGGGGCUGCGGGACCGAGGACCGCGCCGCCCGGAGGCCGCCCGAGAGCGGGCCUCUCUGCCCCGCCGUCCAGCGCCCCCUGGCCCGCUGCCGCCGCCAGCCCGCCUGCUCUUCCUGGAGUCCGGGACAUGAACGGCUACGGCUCCCCCUACCUGUACAUGGGCGGCCCGGUGUCGCAGCCGCCGCGGGCGCCCCUGCAGCGCACGCCCAAGUGCGCGCGUUGCCGCAACCACGGCGUGCUGUCCUGGCUCAAGGGCCACAAGCGCUACUGCCGCUUCAAGGACUGCACCUGUGAGAAGUGCAUCCUCAUCAUCGAGCGGCAGCGGGUCAUGGCAGCGCAGGUGGCGCUGCGCAGGCAGCAGGCCAACGAGAGCCUCGAGAGCCUCAUCCCGGACUCCCUGCGCGCCCUGCCGGGACCCCCGCCGCCGGGGGACGCCGCCGCCGCCCCGCAGCCGCCGCCGACCUCGCAGCCUUCUCAGCCGCCGCCGCCGCCGCCGCCGCCGCCGCCGCCGCCGCGCCCCGCCGCCGAGUUGGCUGCGGCCGCCGCGCUGCGCUGGGCCGCCGAGUCCCAGCCCGGGGCGUUGCAGGCGUCCCUCGCCAAGCCAGAUCUGGCUGAAGAACGCCUGGGGGACAGCAGCUCGGCUGAUAACACAGAGACCUUCAGCGACAAAGACGCCGACCAGAGGAGCUCCCCGGAUGUGGCCAAAAGUAAGGGCUGCUUCACCCCCGAGAGCCCGGAGAUCGUGUCGGUGGACGAAGGCGGCUACGCGGUCCAGAAAAACGGCGGGAACCCGGAGAGCCGCCCCGACAGCCCCAAGUACCACGCGGAGCAGAACCACCUGCUGAUCGAGGGCCCCUCGGGGACCGUGUCCCUGCCCUUCAGCCUGAAAGCCAACAGACCGCCCCUGGAAGUGUUAAAAAAAAUAUUCCCCAACCAGAAGCCGACGGUGCUGGAGCUGAUCCUGAAGGGCUGCGGGGGCGACCUGGUGAGCGCCGUGGAGGUCCUUCUGUCCAGCCGCUCGUCCGUCUCCGCGGCGGCAGACAGAACUGCGGCCGAGCCCGAGGGGCUGGUGCUGCCCUCCAACGGCCACAUCUUCGAACACAGCCUGAGCUCCUACCCCAUCUCCUCGUCCAAGUGGUCCGUGGGCUCGGCCUUCAGGGUCCCGGACACGCUGAGGUUUUCCGCCGACUCCAGUAACGUUGUCCCCAACCCCUUGGCGGUCCCCCUGCAGCACCCCUUCCCCCAGCCGCCCCGCUACCCGCUGAUGCUGAGGAAUACCUUGGCGAGGAACCAGUCCAGCCCCUUUUUGCCCAACGACGUCACCCUGUGGAACACGAUGACGCUGCAGCAGCAGUACCAGCUGAGGUCCCAGUACGUGGGCCCCUUCCCCACUAACUCAGCCGGCGUCUUCCGGAGCUCGCCUGUCCUCCCCGCGCGCGCCCCCGAGGACCCCCGCAUCUCCAUCCCCGACGACGGCUGUCCGAUCGUGGCCAAGCAGUCCAUCUACACCGAGGACGACUACGACGAGCGGUCCGACUCCUCGGACUCCAGGAUACUCAACACAUCCUCUUAAAGGGCUUACCUGCCGGGUGGGGACCAGGUGACGUUUUCUGUGCAUCUGCCCCUCCCCCACACCCCCCUCCCCCUCGCGAGGAGAGGUCACGACCUGUGUAUACCCCCCUUUCCUUCUGUUUCACCAAGUGACUGUGCUUGAUUCUAUACCUUGGCAAUAAAAAAAAAAAAACACAUAACUUAUUUAAUUUCUUGCACUUCAUUGGAAAAUGCCAAAUAGCUCUACUCUGUGGCUUUAGUGCUGAAUGUGUAUUGUAAAAGAGAGUCUGAUGCUAAGAAUAGUCUUGGGAAAAGCCGGGUCCACUGGAAGAUGUUAUUUGGGGAUGUAAGGCUGAAGGUCCGCCUCCUUCCUCAACUCAACCCGGAAUGUCCCAUAAAAUAGUAUACUUGAAUGCAGUUUUGUGAAAGAGGAUUCCUCAGGAUAUGUAAAGCCUAAAGGAAAUGGUUUAGUUGCAAAUGGACUCGGAACAGGGACCUUAUAUUCUUAUGCUAAAAAUGCUUCUUGCAUAUUUGAGAGAGACUGCACUUGAGAAUAGAGUGAACUGCUCACAUGCUUAUUUAAGCUUGGACGGUUUUCAGAGACAAACUCCAUUAAGAAUUAAUUCUUUUCACAUGGCUGAAUUGACACAUGCGUCAUGUCGAUGUAAACCCAAAUCACAGCUGUGAACUGCAUGAAAUGUAUUGUGAAAUGAACACAAGAUAAAGCUUUGUCAGGUUAUUGUAGCAUGCUGAGGGCUCUAGAAAAAAAAUAAACUAAGGAGAUGAUCUUCGUUUAUGUCAUUUCUACUGGUGGAAAGAGAAUCUGGAAAGAUAGAAACUUGAUGUAAAAGCCACUUGCUAGCACACGGAUCAGGAAUCAAGGUAUCAGUGAAAGGGGGCACUCCUCGAGAAAUAUGGAGAAUUUGUUGCUUAAGAAUAGAGUUAAAUUCAGCCCCUCCAUCCAUUCUUUGAAUUCUUCAACUGAUACUUGGCGAGAGCCUAUUUUGUGUAAGAGAAUGCUUUCUGUAUGCAAUUGUCCAACUUACCUGUCCACGAGUCCAAGAUAAACAGGGAUUAUAAUGGAGG